UGUGCCGUCACGCGAGUCUUCUUGUGUUCGGUGCACAGUACUUAUUUAAAUUGUAUGGAUUGUCGCUAGUGUAGUUUUUGGGCGUUAACUAAAAAUACGAGUAACGACAUACCGUCAUCUUGUGAUUUAUGGCCAUCUUACCUCGUGAUUAUCCUAUUGAUUACUUAUUCUAUCCGCAAUGAGAAGUUGGUGCGUCCGUUAAGCAUUUAAGGAAAGGAGGUUUUGAAACUUAUGUGUGAAUUGAUAAUACGUUCAGCUACUUUUUCAUUUUUAAAUUUUCUAGAUAAAGCUUACUCUUUAUGCUGUAGUUUUUAGUUAUUUUAUAAUAAGGAUCAUUGAAAUAUUGUCGAAUACAAAUAUGGGAUCGCUUUUUCGAAGCGAAGAGAUGACCUUGUGUCAACUCUUUUUGCAAAGUGAAGCCGCAUACGCCUGUGUUUCGGAGCUUGGCGAACUUGGACUUGUGCAAUUUCGAGAUCUUAAUCCUGAUGUCAAUGCAUUUCAACGAAAAUUCGUUAAUGAAGUACGUCGGUGUGAUGAAAUGGAACGAAAAUUACGAUAUUUGGAAAAAGAAAUUAAAAAAGAUGGUAUUCCCAUGCUCGAUACCGGAGAAAAUCCAGAAGCACCCCAGCCUAGAGAGAUGAUAGACCUCGAAGCAACGUUUGAAAAAUUAGAAAAUGAGCUACGAGAGGUCAAUCAGAAUGCAGAAGCUUUGAAACGUAAUUUUUUGGAAUUGACAGAGUUGAAACACAUACUCAGGAAAACGCAAGUGUUUUUUGAUGAGGCUGAGAAUGGAGGUGUCGUGUCGCAGAUGGCAGACCCCAGCCGUGAGGAAGAACAAGUCACUCUCUUGGGUGAAGAGGGCCUCCGCGCUGGCGGCCAGGCUCUCAAGCUCGGUUUCGUCGCAGGAGUUAUCCUAAGAGAACGUAUUCCAGCAUUUGAACGCAUGCUUUGGCGUGCGUGUCGUGGAAAUGUAUUCUUACGUCAAGCAGAAAUUGAAACUCCUCUGGAGGAUCCCUCGACGGGAGACCAAGUCUUCAAAUCUGUAUUCAUCAUAUUCUUCCAAGGAGAUCAGCUGAAGACUCGAGUAAAAAAAAUCUGUGAAGGAUUCAGAGCUACUUUGUAUCCUUGCCCUGAGGCACCUGCUGAUCGUCGUGAAAUGGCAAUGGGAGUUAUGACCAGAAUUGAAGAUUUAAAUACAGUUCUUGGACAAACCCAAGAUCAUCGUCAUCGUGUCUUAGUAGCUGCUGCAAAGAAUAUCAAAAAUUGGUUUGUCAAAGUCCGUAAAAUCAAGGCAAUUUACCAUACAUUGAAUUUGUUUAAUUUAGAUGUUACACAGAAAUGUUUAAUUGCUGAAUGCUGGGUUCCUGUGCUGGACAUUGAAACAAUUCAAUUGGCAUUGAGACGUGGAACUGAACGUAGUGGAAGUUCUGUACCGCCAAUUCUAAAUCGUAUGGCAACUUUUGAGGAUCCACCAACUUACAAUCGGACAAAUAAAUUUACUAAAGGUUUCCAAGCUUUGAUAGAUGCAUAUGGAGUUGCUUCAUAUAGAGAAAUGAAUCCAGCACCUUAUACUAUAAUAACAUUUCCAUUUUUGUUUGCUGUGAUGUUUGGAGACUCUGGCCAUGGACUUAUUCUGUUUCUUUUUGGUGGAUGGAUGGUACUAAAGGAGAAACCACUGGCUGCGAAAAAAUCUGAUAAUGAAAUUUGGAAUAUAUUCUUUGGUGGUCGAUAUAUUAUUUUUCUAAUGGGUCUAUUUUCUAUCUACACUGGGUUCAUAUACAACGAUGUGUUUUCUAAGUCAUUGAAUAUAUUUGGUUCCUACUGGGCAAUCAAUUAUGACUAUAGUACGAUACACGCAAAUAAGGAGUUACAACUAAAUCCUAGUCAAAAGGACUAUUUGCAAACUCCAUAUCCAGUAGGAAUGGAUCCUGUGUGGCAGUUAGCUGAGAAUAAAAUCAUCUUUCUAAAUUCAUACAAAAUGAAAAUAUCUAUAAUUUUUGGAGUCUUGCAUAUGUUAUUUGGUGUAAUUGUUGGACUGUGGAACCAUAUGUACUUUAGAAGGAAACUUAGCAUAUUUUGUGAAUUUAUUCCUCAAAUUGUAUUUUUAAUGUUUCUUUUCCUGUACAUGGUACUCCUUAUGUUCAUUAAAUGGAUGAAAUAUGGCCCUGAUAAUGGUGGUAGUGAUCCAGAACAUGGCCCUUUCUGUGCACCAUCAGUAUUAAUUACUUUUAUUAACAUGGUACUAAAUAAACCUGGAACCGCACCAGAACAAUGCACACCUUGGAUGUAUGCUGGACAAGAAGGAUUCCAGAAACUUCUUCUUUUUGUAGCUCUUCUUUGCAUUCCAUGGAUGUUGCUCGCCAAACCUUUUAUGUUAAUGUACAAUAGAAAGAAGCAACAUGUUCAGUUAAAUAACCAUGGUACAGAAAAUGGAGAUGUAGAAGGUGGUGUUGAAUCGAUACAACCAGCAAACGGAGUCCCCCAAGGAACUCACAGGGAAGAAGAAGAAGAAGAUAUGAAUGAAGUAUUUAUUCAUCAAGGCAUUCAUACUAUUGAGUAUGUACUUGGUAGUGUAUCACAUACUGCGUCGUAUCUGCGCUUAUGGGCAUUAUCUCUUGCUCAUGCUCAAUUAUCAGAAGUAUUGUGGAAUAUGGUUAUGAGAAAUGGAUUAACUCAAGAAGAUUGGUCCGGUGGAAUUAUUUUAUGGGCCGUAUUUGCAUUUUGGGCCGUUCUUACCGUUGGUAUUUUGGUACUUAUGGAAGGAUUGUCAGCUUUCUUACAUACACUUCGACUUCAUUGGGUCGAGUUCCAAAGUAAAUUUUACGCUGGACUGGGAUACAGUUUUCAGCCAUUUUCAUUUGAAAUUAUUUUGGAUGCGGCGCAGUCCACUGCAGAGGACUAAAAUUAACUUAUUUAAAAAAAUGAAAUGUCAUGUGCAGAAUAUAUUAUCAGCGAAUAUGACUUUUCAUAAUAUUGCAACAUUUAAUAAUUAAAAGCUAAUAUUGUUUUUAAAUAAAUUACAUAGUUUAUAUUUUAGUGCAUAAAAUUAAUCUUUCACAUGUUACAGAGUUAUUUCUUUGACAAUGAAAGAAGGAUUCGUUUUUAAAUUGCAAUCACGUGUUAAAAUUUGUUCGGUACAGUACUUGUAAAAAUAAUUGAAUGUAAACUUAAUUGUAUAAUUUAUCUAAUUCGUAAUUAACCAUAACCUUAAACGUUGUGAUCAAUAAAUUGUUGUUAUAUGGUGCCCGUAGAAUUUAUUAAAGUAUAAAAAGCAUAAAUUGUAAUUAGAUCUGAAAUAUGUAGUGAAAGUAAAUAAAUAUUAUGUAUAUGUUCUGUAUUUAGAUACAGUUACGAUUGUAUAGAGUUAAAUUGUAUCUUAAAAAUUGUAAUCUAUAAUGUGAUAUAAAGAUAAA